AUGACCGGUAGUCACAGUGGACCGGUACAACUGGAGUUCCUGACCACAGGAACGGUCCGCAUCAGACCAUCUAUGCGCUCACAACCAGUGGGCAGUUUCGCGAUCCUUCGACGCCUCAAAUCAUUCCUCGACAGGGAAUGGACUGAGUCGCUACCCGUGGGGGUAUUCCUCAUUCGCCACUCCGAAGGCAUUUUCCUCUUCGAUACUGGACAAUCACCUUGUUGCAACGACGCGGGAUACUUUCCACGGCUUGCUUUCGCCAACGGCUUUCUGAUUCAAUUCAGGAUAACGCACCAAGAUGGUAUUCUUGAGCAGCUACAUAGUUGUGGAAUCAAGGCGACUGAUCUUAAAGGUGUUGUUUUGAGUCACCUCCACAACGACCAUGCCGGUGGAUUAGAGGAUUUAGUUGCGGAAGCGCCAGACCUGCCUAUAUACAUCAGUCGUGAACACUGGAAUACCUUUGGAGAACAUCCGGUCUUUGUUAGUAUAGAGGGCGCUACCCCGAACCACUGGCCGAGAGAUUUCUCGCCGAGGAUUGUUGAUCUGCAGGACAACGCGCUUGGGCCGUGGAAAAAAUCAUACCCUCUGACAGAGGAUGGGAAAAUCGUCAUUGUGGAUACUUCAGGUCAUGUCCCUGGACAUAUCGGUCUGGUGGUAUAUGGCCAAGGCCCCAAGGAGGAGGAAGUCACAUUCUUCCUCCCCGGCGACGCAACAUAUGGCUUGGAUCUCUUGGAUAAAGAGGAGCCGGAUGGAAUUAACGACGAUCCCAUACGCGCAAAACAGACGUUGAGGACCAUCAAAGAGUUUGCUAGAGAAUCUGAUGUGGUCCUCUUGCCAAGUCAUGAUACCGACACACCUCGUUUACUUGCAGAGCGAGUCGUCUAUCGACCCAGUGACCCGAAGUGA